AAGCGAAGCAGCACCCUUGGCAUUAUAGGUGCGCGCUCGUGCCCGCUUGCGCGCGCCUCCUCCCCCUCAAUCAGUAGUCCUCAGCAGAAGCUGCAGUCUGGAGAGCGGGAGGAGCGAAUCUCUUCUGGGUGAACUGCAACGUGCUUUUCGUCGCCGAAUCCAGUCCUCUCCGCACGGAUUUUUUUUUUGUCUUUAACAAAAUCAGCCCAAGCGUGUUCUCCGGUAGCAAGAUAUAAGGGACGGAGAGCAGAAGUAAAGCCAUGUGCCCCUGGGAUUCCUUGUAGAACCGCCGCUUACUGCGGCUUUGAGGAGUACCGUGUGCGCCAGACAAAAGGCUCCUGCUCGUCUGAAUGAAUGUGCUGGUGGCCACUUGGCCGGAGGGGAGAGAGGGCAAGAAAAGAGGGGGGAGGCCAAGGCAUGGCAGCGGGAGAGGAAAGGGCGUGACGAACGGUAGUCCCGCAGCCUUGCUAGGAAUCGCAAUCGCCCCCUUUGCAACACAUGGUUGCUGGCUGAAGCUGCCUAGCUCUUGAGCGGACUUUCUUAAGUUGCCGCCGCAAUGGAUAACUUCUUCACGGAGGGAGCACGGGUUUGGUUGCGAGAAAAUGGCCAGCAUUAUCCAAGUACUGUCCUUUCCUGCGCGGAGGGAAUUGUUGUGUUCAGGACGGAUUAUGGCCAGGUAUAUACUUACAAACAGAGGUCAAUUACACACCAAAAAGUAACAGCCAUGCAGCCUACAAGCACAGAAGGUCUGGAAGACAUGGCAGCACUGAUAGACCUCCAUGAGGGUGCCAUCAUGCACAAUCUAUUCCAGCGAUAUCAGCAAAACAAAGUUUACACUUUCAUUGGUUCCAUUGUUGCUUCAGUUAACCCCUACAAGACCAUUCCAGGCCUGUAUGACCAUACCACAGUGGAGCAGUACAGCCGGCACCACUUGGGAGAGAUUUCACCUCAUAUUUUUGCUGUUGCUAAUGAGUGCUACCGCUGCCUAUGGAAACGUCAUGACAACCAGUGUGUUCUGAUCAGUGGUGAAAGUGGUGCUGGUAAAACAGAGAGUACUAAGCUAAUACUUAAGUUUUUGUCCGCUGUGAGCCAACACUCACUGGAACUCUCUCAAAAGGAGAAGACAUCUAGUGUCGAACAAGCAAUUUUGGAGAGCAGCCCAAUUAUGGAAGCUUUCGGCAAUGCAAAGACUGUUUACAACAACAACUCAAGUCGCUUUGGGAAAUUCAUUCAGCUGAAGUUCUGUCAGAAAGGCAAUAUUCAGGGAGGAAAAAUUGUAGAUUAUUUAUUAGAGAAGAAUCGAGUAGUAAGGCAAAAUCCAGGAGAGAGAAAUUAUCACAUAUUCUAUGCCCUGCUGGCAGGGAUCGAGGGUGAAAAGAAAGAUGCAUUUUACCUAUCUGUACCAGAGAACUAUCACUACCUGAACCAGUCUGGAUGUGUAGCAGACAAGACAAUCAAUGACAAGGAAUCAUUUCAAGAAGUCAUUACUGCAAUGGAAGUGAUGCAGUUCUCGACAGAGGAGGUUCGAGAUGUUCUUAGGCUGCUUGCUGGUGUUUUGCACCUAGGCAACAUUGAAUUUAUUACUGCUGGUGGAGCACAGGUGUCCUUCAAAACAGCUCUGGGUAGAUCUGCAGAGUUACUUGGGCUGGACUCAACACAACUGACAGAAGCAUUGACACAGCGGUCAAUGAUACUCAGGGGAGAAGAAAUUUUAACACCUCUCAGUGUACAGCAGGCAAUAGAUAGCAGAGAUUCAGUGGCUAUGGCACUUUAUUCCCAGUGCUUUGCCUGGGUUAUUAAAAAAAUCAACAGCAGAAUAAAAGGCAAAGAUGACUUCAAGUCCAUUGGAAUUUUAGACAUCUUUGGAUUUGAAAAUUUUGAGAUUAAUCGUUUUGAGCAGUUCAAUAUUAACUAUGCAAAUGAAAAGCUUCAGGAGUAUUUCAACAAGCACAUUUUUUCAUUAGAGCAAUUGGAAUAUAGCAGAGAAGGACUCCUAUGGGAAGACAUUGACUGGACAGAUAAUGGGGAGUGCUUGGAUCUUAUUGAAAAGAAACUUGGUUUGUUAGCACUUAUAAAUGAAGAAAGCCAUUUCCCUCAGGCUACUGACAGUACCUUGUUGACAAAGUUACACAUCCAACAUGCUAAUAAUCCUUUUUAUGUGAAACCAAGAGUUGCUGUUCACAACUUUGGAGUGAAACACUAUGCUGGAGAGGUUCAGUAUGAUGUCAGAGGAAUCUUGGAGAAAAACAGGGAUACUUUCAGGGAUGAUCUCCUGAACCUGUUACGGGAAAGCAGCCUCGAUUUCAUAUAUGAUCUUUUUGAACAUGUUUCAAGCCGCAACAGUCAAGACACUUUGAAAUCUGGGACCAAACAUCGGAAGCCCACAGUCAGCCUACAAUUUAAGGAUUCACUACAUUCCUUAAUGGCAACACUAAGCACAUCUAACCCUUUCUUUGUUCGCUGUAUCAAGCCAAACAUGCAUAAGAUCAAAGAAUUGGCAAAACAACAGCUUGUACAAAGGAUGCCUGACCAGUUUGAUCAGAAUGUGGUGUUGAACCAGCUGCGUUACUCUGGUAUGCUUGAGACUGUGCGGAUACGAAGGGCUGGUUUCCCAGUCCGGAGGCCGUUUCAGGAUUUUCAUAAAAGGUACAAAGUCCUGAUGAGAAAUUUGACUCUUCCUGAAGAUUUAAGAGGAAAGUGUACUGCUCUCCUUCAUUUGUAUGAUAGCACAACCACUGAAUGGCAGCUUGGAAAAUCUAAGGUGUUUCUUCGUGAAUCUUUGGAACACAAACUGGAAAAACAGCGAGAGUUAGAGUUUGGCAAAGCAGCCAUGAUCAUCCGAGCACAUGUCUUGGGCUAUGUGGCACGAAAGCACUACAGAAAAGUUCUUUACUGUGUGGUUAUCAUACAGAAGAACUACCGAGCUUUUCACUUAAGAAGGAAAUACUUACUCCUGAAGAAAGCAACCAUCACUUUCCAGAAACAGCUGCGAGGCCAAAUUGCCCGCCGUGUUUACAAAAGGUUACUGGAAGAGAAACGACAACAAGAGGAAGAAAAGAGAAAGGAAGAAGAGGAAAGAAUGCGACAAAAGCAGGAAGCAGACCAUCUUGCUCGGCAGGCUGAGGAAGAGAAGCAGCGGCAGGAACUAGCAGCUAUUCAGAAAGCCCAAAAGGAAGAAGAGCUAAAGCGAGAGCUGGAGAAGCAAAAGGAAAACAAGCAGGUGGAAGAGAUUCUGCGCCUGGAGAAAGAGAUUGAAGACCUGCAGCGCAUGAAGGAGCAACAAGAACUGUCGCUGACGGAGGCAUCACUGCAGAGGCUGCAACAGCUCCGAGAUGAGGAAUUGAAACGUCUGGAGGAUGAAGCCUGCCGAGCAGCACAGGAGUUCUUGGAGUCCCUGAACUUUGACGAAAUUGAUGAAUGCGUCCGAAACAUUGAGAGGACGCUCUCUGUAGGCAGCGGUUUCUGUUCAGAGCUUAGUGAGUUGACUGGGAACACAGGUGGUGAAAAACCCAAUUUUAAUUUCAGUCAGCCAUACCCUGAGGAGGAGGUUGAUGAGGGCUUUGAAGCAGAUGAUGACGCAUUCAAGGAUUCACCUAAUCCAAGUGAACAUGGUCACUCGGAUCAAAGGACAAGUGGCAUCAGGACCAGUGAUGACUCUUCAGAAGAGGACCCAUACAUGAAUGACACAGUAGUGCUGGCAAGUCCUGCCAUGGGCAACACCACACUUAUUCCUUCUAGCCAUGACUCCCUUAGUCUCCACAACUCCUCCAGUGGUGAAUCAACAUACUGCAUGCCAGAAAAUAUAUCAUGCAGGCCCCCAAAUUCCACAGACUUAAUUUCUCCUGAUGGGGACUAUGAUUAUGACCAAGAUGACUAUGAAGAUGGCGCUAUCACUUCUGGAAGCAGCGUAACCUUUUCAAAUUCUCAUAGUAGUCAGUGGUCCCCUGACUAUCGCUGUUCUGUGGGGACAUACAACAGUUCUGGAGCAUACAGAUUUAGUUCCGAGGGAGCUCAGUCUUCUUUUGAAGACAGUGAAGAAGACUUUGACUCGAGGUUUGAUACAGAUGAUGAACUUUCUUACCGGAGGGAUUCUGUCUACAGUUGCGUCAGCCUUCCUUAUUUCCAUAGCUUUUUGUACAUGAAAGGUGGCUUGAUGAAUACAUGGAAGCGCCGUUGGUGUGUCUUGAAAGAUGAAACCUUCUUAUGGUUCCGCUCAAAACAGGAAGCUCUCAAGCAAGGCUGGCUGCAUAAGAAAGGUGGUGGAUCAUCUACCCUGUCCAGGAGAAACUGGAAGAAACGCUGGUUUGUACUCCGGCAGUCCAAGCUGAUGUACUUUGACAAUGAUAGUGAAGAAAAACUCAAAGGAACACUUGAAAUCCGAACAGCCAAAGAUAUCAUUGAUAACACUAGCAAGGAAAAUGGAAUUGACAUUGUCAUGGCAGAUAGGACCUAUCAUUUGAUUGCUGAGUCACCCGAGGAUGCAAGUCAAUGGUUCAGUGUCUUGAGUCAAGUCCACGCUUCCACAGAACAGGAAAUCAGAGAAAUGCAUGAUGAGCAAGCGAAUCCACAGAAUGCUGUGGGCACAUUGGAUGUGGGACUGAUUGAUUCUGUAUGUGCAUCUGACAGUCCAGAUCGACCCAAUUCAUUUGUGAUCAUCACUGCUAAUCGUGUUCUUCACUGUAACGCGGACACUCCGGAGGAGAUGCAUCACUGGAUCACCCUGCUGCAGAGAUCUAAAGGGGAUACCCGAGUAGAGGGGCAAGAGUUCAUAGUGAGGGGAUGGUUGCACAAGGAGGUUAAAAACAGCCCAAAGAUGACUUUGUUGAAGCUGAAGAAGCGGUGGUUUGUCCUAACACACAAUUCCUUGGAUUAUUACAAGAGCUCAGAGAAGAAUGCCCUCAAGCUGGGCACCCUGGUGUUAAACAGCCUCUGUUCUGUUGUGCCCCCUGAUGAGAAAACCUUUAAAGAAACAGGUUACUGGAAUGUGACUGUAUAUGGACGCAAGCACUGUUACCGCCUCUAUACCAAGCUUCUCAAUGAAGCCACCCGCUGGUCAAGUGCCAUCCAGAAUGUGAUUGAUACAAAAGCACCAAUUGACACUCCCACCCAGCAGCUUAUUCAAGACAUUAAGGAGAACUGCCUGAACCCCGAAGUUGUUGAACAGAUCUAUAAGAGGAACCCCAUCCUUCGUUAUACACAGCAUCCACUGCAUUCUCCACUGCUGCCACUUCCAUAUGGAGACAUCAAUCUGAACGUGCUAAAAGACAAAGGCUACACAACUCUCCAGGAUGAAGCUAUCAAGAUAUUUAAUUCUCUGCAGCAACUGGAGUCUGUGUCAGAUCCCAUUCCUAUUAUUCAGGGUAUUCUGCAGACAGGACAUGACUUGCGGCCUUUGCGUGAUGAGCUCUACUGUCAGCUCAUCAAACAGACCAGCAAAAUGCCUAAUCCAGGGAGCACUGGCAAUCUAUACAGCUGGCAGAUCCUCACCUGCAUGAGCUGCAUGUUUCUGCCAAGCCGUGGAAUUCUCAAGUACCUGAAGUUCCACCUAAAAAGGGUGCGGGACCAGUUUCCAGGGACAGAAAUGGAAAAGUAUGCACUUUUCAUUUAUGAAUCUCUGAAAAAAACCAAAGGCAGAGAGUUUGUGCCAUCCCGAGAUGAAAUUGAAGCCUUGAUCAACAGACAAGAAAUGACAACUACAGUCUACUGUCAUGGCGGGGGGUGCUGUAAGAUCACCAUUAACUCCCACACCACUGCUGGCGAGGUUGUUGAAAAAUUAAUUCGAGGUCUGGCCAUGGAAGACAGUAGAAAUAUGUUUGCUUUGUUUGAAUACAAUGGGACUACAGAUAAAGCCAUUGAAAGCAGAACUGUUGUGGCUGAUGUCUUGGCAAAGUUUGAAAAGCUUGGUGCUGCUUCAGAAGGAGAGAAUAUGACAUGGAAAUUUUACUUCAAGCUCUACUGCUUCCUGGACACUGAACACGUACCAAAAGAUAGUGUGGAAUUUGCAUUCAUGUUUGAGCAGGCACACGAAGCUGUGAUUAGAGGACAUUACCCAGCUCCUGAAGAAACUCUCCAGGUCCUUGCUGCCUUGCGGCUCCAGUAUCUACAAGGAGACUACACUUCAGCCAAUAUCACGGUGCCACAAAUAGAAGAAGUCUACCCAUUGCAGAGGCUGACGUCCCGUAUUACCCAGUCAAUGAAAACAUUUACCCCCAUGGAGAGAUUAGAAAGGAAGCGGGCCAAUUUUCUGGAAGGAACCCUGAGGAGGAGUUUCCGCAGCAGUUCUAUCAGCAAGCAGAAGAUGGAAGAGGAUCAAAUGCUCGAUAUGUGGGUCAAAGAAGAGAUCUCUGCAGCCAGGACUAAUGUGAUUGAUAAAUGGAAAAAAUUGCAAGGAAUGAGUCAAGAACAAUCAAUGGUCAAGUACAUGAGUUUGAUUAAGGAAUGGCCUGGUUAUGGGUCCACUCUCUUUGAUGUAGAGUGUAAAGAAGGAGGAUUCCCUCAAGAGCUUUGGUUGGGUGUUAGCGCUGAUGCUGUUUCUGUCUACAAGCGUGGAGAAGGAAGGCCGUUAGAAGUAUUUCAGUAUGAGCACAUCCUCUCCUUUGGUGCUCCCCUUGCUAAUGUCUACAAGAUUAUUGUUGAUGAGAGAGAGCUGCUUUUUGGAACAACUGAGGUUGUUGACAUUGCCAAACUGAUGAAAGCCUAUAUCAGCAUGAUUGUGAAAAAACGUUACAGCACCUCUCGAUCAGUGAGCAGUCACGGAAGUCAAGGCAGCUCCAGAUGAAGCCAGAGAAAGUUAUUAUUCUGCCCUUGGUAUCAGAACAUAUCACUGCCAACUCGAUGGUUUCUCAAAAAAUGGUCACUGGAGGCACAAAAACCAUGAUUCUAGGAGAAUCUUCAUUCAACACAUGAUGUCCAGCAAGCAUAGAAAGAUAACAUCCACUUGCAUAGCCCCAUACUAAACUUUUUGGCUAGCAUACUUCAAGCCUUCUGAAGCUUUGUUACCCCUAGAUAACAUAAUGUAUGCCUUAAUUUAAUAUGCUGCUUUCCAAGCAGUGAGAAGUGCCUUAAAAUGUUUAAAACCAACUUGCAUUAAUCUAUGAUUAUCAGACGGGUUGUGUUUUGCAAUAAACUAUUUUGCAAAUUAGGAGGAGCUAAAUCAGCCAUCUUGCACUAACCAGCUGACUGGUUCAUGCAUGAGGAGGGAAAGACUGCAUCUCUGUUGGAAUGCUGCAGGCGGCUUUCCUUAUGGGCUUUAUUAGCAAUGUGGUAUUCUCCCCCUCUUCUUUUCAUACGUGUGCAUGCAUAUCAGGUCAGCUCCUCUAACUUUAUUCCAUGUUUCACAAUAUUUUAAAAGGGAAAAAUAAUGUGCAAUGGUGUAAACAGUCUUUCUGUACAUUUUAAUAGUCCAGAGCUAUAGUUGUCCCAAUUGUUGAGUUUCUUUAUAAACCAGUUUUAUUAACAAAUUUGGGCAAUUUCAUAAUUUUUUAAAUUUUCUUCAAGAGGAAUUUUUUAUCCUUUGUUACAUCCAUGUGUAAUGCAUCCACAUUUCUGUACCUGCUGUAUUAUAGAUAACACAUGUAGUUGAAAGACACUAUAUUUAUAGACUGCCCUUAAUACGGAAAUGCCAUUAUCAGCACAAUAUUCAAUCAUUUGUCUUCGGUUUAUACAGUUGUUUUUUUAAAAGAUAUUAAACAUUUCUUUUAAAAUAUUAA